UCCGAUCCACUUCCGCCGCUGAGAUGAGUCGGCCCGUGUGGCUUAUGACAGAGCCGAUUCCUGCUUUAGGGGGGUAUUCACAGACGGCGCAGUACUGAGCAACACAGUCGAGCCGGGUCGCUUUACGUGCGCACGCGGCUGAGUGACGCAUUCUCGGCUGAGUUCUUCAGAGCCGCCGCCGUCCCCAAAGCCUGACGCCCUGCCUUCGCAGAAGCAGUGACCGCUGAACGCGGCGCCUCAGCCGGUGUGGCUGAUUUUCUGGCCGUGGCGGCAUAUAAUGGAGCGGAGCCGUGCUGCUUUUAGGGUGACCAGACCCCAAUGACAAAUGAGGGGAAAGACAAGCAGCAGUUUUAUAACUGCAGCUGCUUCACGACAGACAACAUUUUCCUUGAGGACUACAAGCUUCACGUUCGAUUUGUGACAGAGGAGCAGUUCAGACGAGACUAUGUAGCACUAUUGAAGAGGCUCGGCUGCGUUACGGAACAACAGUUUGGGGAUCUCCUUAGCAAGAUUUCCCAGGAAGUGGACAGGCGAAUACAUCUUGCAAGGAUGUCUGUUGACAGAACUGCUAUCAUAAAAAGCACAUAUCGACCUCUUCAUCCUCAUGUCUACCAUCUGCAGGAGUCGUUUCUUGCGGCCGAGUUCAAGCACAUAGUCGAGAAUUGUCAACGUCGCAACGUCACACUCAAAAAUCUUUCUCACUUAUUGGAAGAAGAAACAGCACCCAGGGUUUAUCGCUUCCCAGUGUUCAACAAGACCUUCUGUCAGGAACUGAUGGACGAGCUGGACAACUUUGAGUGUUCUACAGCACCUAAAGGUCGACCCAACACAAUGAACAAAUAUGGGAUCCUCCUCAAUGAACUUGGCUUUGAUGAGUGCUUUGUUACACCUCUUCGUGAGCAUUACCUACAUCCACUCACCUCCUUGCUCUACCCUGAUUGUGGAGGACACUGUCUGGACAGUCACAAAGCAUUUGUUGUCAAAUACGACAUAAAUGAAGACCUGGACCUCAGCUACCACUACGAUAAUGCAGAGGUCACACUCAAUGUCUCCCUGGGGAGGGAUUUCACAGAGGGCAACCUUUACUUUGGUGAUAUGAGACAGGUAGCUCUGAGUGACACUGAAUGUUCAGAGAUUGAACACAGAGCGUGCCAGGGCAUUCUUCACCGGGGCCAGCACAUGCAUGGGGCCCUGCCUAUAUCUUCCGGUCAGCGAUGGAACCUCAUCAUUUGGAUGAGAUCCUCCCAGGAGCGCAACAGACUUUGCCCCAUGUGCAAUAGGAAGCCUGUACUGGUGGAAGGCAAAGGCUUUGCUGACGGAUUCACCAGAGCCUCUACUGCGCUGCUCGCUGACUUCUGUGCACUCACCUGAUGUAUGCUGAAGAAGCACAUGUGAUUGGCAGUGUGUCCAUCCCUUUGUUGACAUGAGGUAUUUCAUCCUAAAAUAGGUACCGCUUUCAUCCACUCGGAUUGAUCCAAAUGAGUAGUAAAUUCGAUUCACCAUUUCAAUCUAGUGUCACUAUACAACAGCUAAAUAUAAUUUGUUGUGUAACGUUGGCGCCAAUCUGCUUAUUUUCGGAUCCAAGCCUCUUUUUACCCUUUUUAUGUCAGAUGAUAAGACUCUGGCUCCUGACCAUGAACGGUGUGUGAACGAG